CACCGAUCAGGCAUAACAUUAUGACCACCUGCCUAAUAUUGUGUUGGUCCUCCUUUUUACUGCCAAAACAGCCCUGACCCCUUUCUAUCAGAACCAGCAUUAACUUCUUCAGCAAUUUAAACAACAGUAGCUCGUCUGUUGGAUCGGAUCACACACCUCUCAGUGGUCAUAAUGUUAUGCCUGAUCGGUGUAUAAUCUCCACAGCCAUGUGUAACACCACAACCCAGAAAAAAAAGGUUUCCUCACAAUUUGUUGGAUAUUUCAGGGCUCCAUGUCAAGAGAGAAAUCCUUGAAUCUAUUUAAAAUGAAAAACUAAACUCUAGGGUUCUCUAAUGGUGCUUUAAAAGUGUUUACCCUCUAAUAGACCUCUGCUAUGGACAUAUAACCCUUAAGCGUCCAUGUUGUCUUAAGGGGAAAAACCAUGUUACAAGUUUAACGACGUUAUUUUCUACGGCUUUCUUGAAAAAUUCCCUGUGGUGUAUUUACUGUUCUCCUUUUUAAGAAACUGCCCAAGUACCUUUAUGGGAAACACACACACACACACGCACACACGUGCGCAUACAGCAGGAGAUUUUAAUACUGACUCAUAAAUGGACUUUAGUACACGUGUGUAUUUGCGUAUGUGCGUGUGUGUAUUAUGCAUGUGUGUGGGGGUAAUAAAAAAGCGAGGGAGUGGCAGCAGUGGGUGCAUCACCAUGACAUUUAGGAAGUUACAUCUGUGACAUCACGUGAAAACUCUACACUCCGACACUUUAUUUCAGACUGUCUAAAGAGCUCUAAACCACUCUGACCAGUAACCGUGUGUGUGUUGUGUGUGUCUUAUACACUCUGAGUAAUGUGGCUGCAUCUGACUCUGUUGCUCUUGCUGUCCUGGUCUUUGGGAUCACACGAGGUGGAACCGGGAUGUGAAGAUUGGACGUUUAGCUCCUCGUCCUCCAGUGAGGUUUGCUGUAGGAGAUGUAAGCCAGGAAACCGACUGGUGACAAAAUGUGAUAUGGACGUGAAGGUGCUGUGCACGCCGUGUGAGAACGGAACGUACACCGACAACAACAACGCCAUGUUCUGCAAAAAAUGCACCGAAUGCAUAAAGCCACUGAGGAUGAAGAAGCGCUGCACUGCCAGCUCUGACACCGUGUGUGAGUGUAUAGAGGGAUUUCAGUGUGGAGAUGAAGCCUGCUCCUUCUGCGUCCAGCAGUGCGGCAAAGGAGAAGAACCGACAGAGCACAGAGAUUGCCGGCCUUGCCCUGCAGGAAUGUUCAACAGUCAGAUCCAUCACCACUGCAUGAAGUGGAGCAGCAGCUGUCGUUCACCGGAUCAGCAGAUCGUGGCUGAGGGGACGGCCAUCAGUGACAUCGUCUGUGCUGACCUAAAACCCACCAUGCCAAACGAGAUUCCACCAAAAACUGACAGCAAAGAUCCGGGGAUGAAGCUGGUCAUCGCUAUCAUCUGUGCCUGCUUGAUCAUCAGUUCAGCAAUGCCGCUGUGCGUGGCCAUGUACUUUAAAAGGGAGAAGACCGUGAAGAUGCCGCUCGGGCCUGCGGAAACUCCAGCUGGACCGAUGCUGGUGCCUGAACCUGAGCAAUGUAGUUUCUGUUUUCCGCAGGAGGAACACGGCAGUCAUUCGUCUCUGCUCUUGAAUGAUAAACCCUUUGAGCUGGUCGUCUGACACGAAACUUCCUUCACUCAUAUAUUGUUUUAUUUUUUUGUUUUUAAAUAAGUUAUAUUUUCUACACAGCUUUAUCGAUGUGAUUUUGGCGAUCUGCCUGGUGCAGGAUUAUUAUUUUAUAUCUCUAAAAUAAUAAAUAUAGCUUGUAAAGAAUAGUUUGCAUUUGAAUAUUUUGUAUUAUUAUAAUUAUUUUCUUCUUUCUGUCACUACUCUAAUUUAUUUCAUUGUUAGGAUUGUCCAAGUACUUUUUUUGAUCCUGAUUUCUGUUUUUUUUAUUUCCACUGUAAAGCACUUGCAUUUUGAAUGUGC